ACUAGAUUAUUCGGUGCUGCACAGUUCGCAUACUUCCGAAAUAAAAUUCUGGCGAUUUGUUUAUUUAAGUACCAAGGAUAUCAAGCUGUCAUGCCUGCUAUUUUGCGAGGGAAGUGUAUUAUUGUUGGCGAUUCUGGUGUUGGCAAGAGUUCCGUGUGUCAAGUCUUCCAUAGCGAUGGCGCCCACUUUCCCAAGAAUUACACGAUGAAUACCGCAGUUGAAAUGAUGGUAAAAUCAGUGAACAUUCCAGAUACGCAAGAUUCAGUAGAAAUAUUUAUGUACGAUUCAGCAGGAAAAGAGAUAUUUACAGAGUCAGUCAUGAAAUUUUGGGACCAGCCCUCCAUGGUUGUGGUGGUGUAUGAUGUCACUAGUGAGACGUCGUUUUCCAGCUGUGUCAAGUGGCUGGAACGGGUCCGGUCUCACAAGCCCGACGUCCAGAUGCCUGGUGUUCUACUUGCAAACAAGAUAGAUCUUGAUCAACGGCGGACUGUUAGUCCGAAAGCUGGCAAAGAUUUGGCAAUGUCACAUAAUCUAGAAUACUUUGAGUGUUCAGCGAAAGAAAUGCAGAAUGUGGAUACUGCAUUUUACUACCUUGCUAACGAAUUUCACAAGAUUUACCAGGAGCGAGUGUUGUUGUUCAAGUCUUUGUCAUAAACCAGACAUUUAAUCUAUUCUAAUGAGCGUUUAGUAAUCUGAUACCAGCACAAGUGAUAAAUCAGACAUUUAAUCUAUUAUAAUGAGUGUUUAGUAAUCUGAUACCAGCACAUUUGAUAAAUCAGACAUUUAAUCUAUUCUAAUGAGCGUUUAGUAAUCUGAUACCAGCACAAGUGAUAAAUCAGACAUUUAAUCUAUUCUAAUGAGCAUUUAGUAAUCUGAUACCAGGACAUUUGAUAAAUCAGACAUUUCAACUAUUCCUUCUAAUGAGCGUUUAGAAAUCUGAUACCAGCAAAUUUGAUAAAUCAGACAUUUCAACUAUUCUAAUGAGCGUUUAGUAAUCUGAUACCAGCACAUUUGAUAAACCAAACAUUUAAUCUAUUCUAAUGAGUGUUUAGUAAUCUGAUACCAGCACAUUUGAUAAAUCAGACAUUUAAUCUAUUCUAAUGAGCGUUUAGUAAUCUGAUACCAGCACAUUUGAUAAAUCAGACAUUUAAUCUAUUCUAAUGAGCGUUUAGUAAUCUGAUACCAGCACAUUUGAUAAAUCAGACAUUUCAACUAUUCCUUCUAAUGAGCAUUAGUUAUCUGAUACCAGCACAUUUGAUAAAUCAGACAUUUCAACUAUUCCUUAUAAUGAGCGUUUAGUAAUCUGAUACCAGCACAUUUGAUAAAUCAGACAUUUAAUCUAUUCUAAUGAGCGUUUAGUAAUCUGAUACCAGCACAUGUGAUAAAUCAGACAUUUAAUCUAUUCUAAUGAGCGUUUAGUAAUCUGAUACCAGCACAUUUGAUAAAUCAGACAUUUCAACUAUUCCUUCUAAUGAGUGUUUAGUAAUCUGAUACCAGCAAAUUUGAUAAAUCAGACAUUUCAACUAUUCUAAUGAGCGUUUAGUAAUCUGAUACCAGCACAUUUGAUAAACCAGACAUUUAACCUAUUCUAAUGAGCGUUUAGUAAUCUGAUACCAGCACAUUUGAUAAAUCAGACAUUUCAACUAUUCCUUCUAAUGAGCGUUUAGUAAUCUGAUACCAGCACAUUUGAUAAACCAGACAUUUAAUCUCUUCUAAUGAGCGUUUAGCAAUCUGAUACCAGCACAUCUGAUAAAUCAGACAUUUAAUCUAUUCUAAUGAGCGUUUAGUAAUCUGAUGCCAGCACAUUUGAUAAAUCAGACAUUUCAACUAUUCCUUCUAAUGAGCGUUUAGUAAUCUGAUACAAGCACAUUUGAUCAACCAGACAUUUAAUCUCUUCUAAUGAGCGUUUAGUAAUCUGAUACCAGCACAUUUGAUAAAUCAGACAUUUCAACUAUUCCUUCUAAUGAGCGUUUAGUAAUCUGAUACCAGCACAUUUGAUAAAUCAGACAUUUCAACUAUUCCUUCUAAUGAGCGUAUAGUAAUCUGAUGCCAGCACAUUUGAUAAAUCAGACAUUUCAACUAUUCCUUCUAAUGAGCGUUUAGUAAUCUGAUACAAGCACAUUUGAUAAACCAGACAUUUAAUCUCUUCUAAUGAGCGUUUAGUAAUCUGAUACCAGCACAUUUGAUAAAUCAGACAUUUCAACUAUUCCUUCUAAAGAGCAUUAGUAAUCUGAUACCAGCACAUUUGAUAAAUCAGACAUUUCAACUAUUCCUUCUAAUGAGCGUAUAGUAAUCUGAUACCAGCACAUUUGAUAAAUCAGACAUUUCAACUAUUCCUUCUAAUGAGCGUUUAGUAAUCUGAUACCAGCACAUGUGAUAAACCAGACAUUUAAUCUCUUCUAAUGAGCGUUUAGUAAUCUGAUACCAGCACAUUUGAUAAAUCAGACAUUUCAACUAUUCCUUCUAAUGAGCGUUUAGUAAUCUGAUACCAGCACAUUUGAUAAAUCAGACAUUUAAUCUAUUCUAAUGAGCGUUUAGUAAUCUGAUACCAGCACAUGUGAUAAAUCAGACAUUUAAUCUAUGCUAAUGAGCGUUUAGUAAUCUGAUACCAGCACAUUUGAUAAAUCAGACAUUUCAACUAUUCCUUCUAAUGAGCGUUUAGUAAUCUGAUACCAGCAAAUUUGAUAAAUCAGACAUUUCAACUAUUCUAAUAAGCGUUUAGUAAUCUGAUACCAGCACAUUUGAUAAACCAGACAUUUAAUCUAUUCUAAUGAGUGUUUAGUAAUCUGAUACCAGCACAUUUGAUAAAUCAGACAUUUAAUCUAUUCUAAUGAGCGUUCAGUAAUCUGAUACCAGCACAUUUGAUAAAUCAGACAUUUCAACUAUUCCUUCUAAUGAGCGUUUAGUAAUCUGAUACCAGCACAUUUGGUAAACCAGACAUUUAAUCUCUUCUAAUGAGCGUUUAGUAAUCUGAUACCAGCACAUUUGAUAAAUCAGACAUUUCAACUAUUCCUUCUAAUGAGCGUUUAGUAAUCUGAUACCAGCACAUUUGAUAAAUCAGACAUUUCAACUAUUCCUUCUAAUGAGCGUAUAGUAAUCUGAUACCAGCACAUUUGAUAAAUCAGACAUUUAAUCUAUUCUAAUGAGCAUUAGUAAUCUGAUACCAGCACAUUUGAUAAAUCAGACAUUUCAACUAUCCCUUCUAAUGAGCGUUUAGUAAUCUGAUACCAGCACAUUUGAUAAAUCAGACAUUUCAACUAUUCCUUAUAAUGAGCGUUUAGUAAUCUGAUACCAGCACAUUUGAUCAAUCAGACAUUUAAUUUAUUCUAAUGAGCGUUUAGUAAUCUGAUACCAGCACAUUUGAUAAAUCAGACAUUUCAACUAUUCCUUCUAAUGAGCGUUUAGUAAUCUGAUACAAGCACAUUUGAUAAACCAGACAUUUAAUCUCUUCUAAUGAGCGUUUAGUAAUCUGAUACCAGCACAUUUGAUAAAUCAGACAUUUCAACUAUUCCUUCUAAUGAGCGUUUAGUAAUCUGAUACCAGCACAUUUGAUAAAUCAGACAUUUCAACUAUUCCUUCUAAUGAGCGUUUAGUAAUCUGAUACCAGCACAUUUGAUAAACCAGACAUUUAAUCUAUUCUAAUGAGCGUAUAGUAAUCUGAUGCCAGCACAUUUGAUAAAUCAGACAUUUCAACUAUUCCUUCUAAUGAGCAUUAGUAAUCUGAUACCAGCACAUUUGAUAAAUCAGACAUUUCAACUAUCCCUUCUAAUGAGCGUUUAGUAAUCUGAUACCAGCACAUUUGAUAAAUCAGACAUUUCAACUAUUCCUUCUAAUGAGCGUAUAGUAAUCUGAUACCAGCACAUUUGAUAAAUCAGACAUUUCAACUAUUCCUUCUAAUGAGAGAGUAGUAAUCUGAUACCAGCACAUGUGAUAAAUCAGACAUUUAAUCUAUGCUAAUGAGCGUUUAGUAAUCUGAUACCAGCACAUUUGAUAAAUCAGACAUUUCAACUAUUCCUUCUAAUGAGCGUUUAGUAAUCUGAUACCAGCAAAUUUGAUAAAUCAGACAUUUCAACUAUUCUAAUAAGCGUUUAGUAAUCUGAUACCAGCACAUUUGAUAAACCAGACAUUUAAUCUAUUCUAAUGAGUGUUUAGUAAUCUGAUACCAGCACAUUUGAUAAAUCAGACAUUUAAUCUAUUCUAAUGAGCGUUUAGUAAUCUGAUACCAGCACAUUUGAUAAAUCAGACAUUUCAACUAUUCCUUCUAAUGAGCGUUUAGUAAUCUGAUACCAGCACAUUUGAUAAAUCAGACAUUUCAACUAUUCCUUCUAAUGAGCGUUUAGUAAUCUGAUACCAGCACAUUUGGUAAACCAGACAUUUAAUCUCUUCUAAUGAGCGUUUAGUAAUCUGAUACCAGCACAUUUGAUAAAUCAGACAUUUCAACUAUUCCUUCUAAUGAGCGUUUAGUAAUCUGAUACCAGCACAUUUGAUAAAUCAGACAUUUCAACUAUUCCUUCUAAUGAGCGUUUAGUAAUCUGAUACCAGCACAUUUGAUAAAUCAGACAUUUCAACUAUUCCUUCUAAUGAGCGUAUAGUAAUCUGAUACCAGCACAUUUGAUAAAUCAGACAUUUAAUCUAUUCUAAUGAGCAUUAGUAAUCUGAUACCAGCACAUUUGAUAAAUCAGACAUUUCAACUAUCCCUUCUAAUGAGCGUUUAGUAAUCUGAUACCAGCACAUUUGAUAAAUCAGACAUUUCAACUAUUCCUUAUAAUGAGCGUUUAGUAAUCUGAUACCAGCACAUUUGAUAAAUCAGACAUUUCAACUAUUCCUUCUAAUGAGCGUUAGUAAUCUGAUACCAGCACAUUUCAUAAACCAGACAUUUCAACUAUUCCUUCUAAUGAGCAUUUAGUAAUCUGAUACCAGCACAUUUGAUAAACCAGACAUUUCAACUAUUCCUUCUAAUGAGCGUUAGUAAUCUGAUACCAGCACAUUUCAUAAAUCAGACAUUUCAACUAUUCCUAUAAAUCAGACAUUUCAGCUAUUCCUUCUAAUGAGCGUUGGUAAUCUGAUACCAGCACAUUUCAUAAACCAUACAUUUCAACUAUUCCUUCUAAUGAGCGUUAGUAAUCUGAUACCAGCACAUUUCAUAAACCAGACAUUUCAACUAUUCCUUCUAAUGAGCGUUAGUAAUCUGAUACCAGCACAUUUCAUAAACCAGACAUUUCAACUAUUCCUUCUAAUGAGCGUUAGUAAUCUGAUACCAGUACAUUUCAUAAAUCAGACAUUUCAACUAUUCCAUUUAAACUAAUGUGAAAUACAAGCACACCUAAAGGUUUAAUAAACUGACAGUCUGACAACAUCAUAUUAUGACAUCAUUUACUAAUGUGAAAUACAAACAUACCUAACCGACAGCUAGAUAAGUUUUGAUCAGUGUUUGUGUUAUUGCUACCAAUCGUUAUUGUGAGGGCAAAUACAGCAACUGCCUCCCCCCCUCACAACCUGGCUGUUUUCAUGACUCUAUUUCAUGUAGUACAUACCGCUAGGAAUAAUGUAUAACUACCUAUAUAUUACAAUGUGUCCAUGUACAACUCACAACCUGGCUGUUUUCAUGACGCUAUUUCAUGUAGUACAUACCGCUAGGAAUAAUGUAUAACUACCUAUAUAUUACAAUGUGUCCACGUACAACUCACAACCUGGCUGUUUUUAUGACGCUAUUUCAUGUAGUAGGCCUACAUACCGCUAGGAAUAAUGUAUAACUACCUAUAUAUUACAAUGUGUCCACAUACAACUCACAACCUGGCUGUUUUCAUGACGCUAUUUCAUGUAGUACAUACCGCUAGGAAUAAUGUAUAACUACCUAUAUAUUACAAUGUGUCCACGUACAACUCACAACCUGGCUGUUUUUAUGACGCUAUUUCAUGUAGUAGGCCUACAUACCGCUAGGAAUAAUGUAUAACUACCUAUAUAUUACAAAGUGUACACAUACAACUCACAACCUGGCUGUUUUCAUACAUACCGCUAGGAAUAAUGUAUAACUACCUAUAUAUUACAAUGUGUCCACGUACAACUCACAACCUGGCUGUUUUCAUGACGCUAUUUCAUGUAGUACAUACCGCUAGGAAUAAUGUAUAACUACCUAUAUAUUACAAUGUGUACACAUACAACUCACAACCUGGCUGUUUUUAGUACGCUAUUUCAUGUAGUAGGCCUACAUACCGCUAGGAAUAAUGUACAACUACCUAUAUAUUACAAAGUGUACACAUACAACUCACAACCUGGCUGUUUUCAUGACGCUAUUUCAUGUAAUACAUACCGCUAGGAAUAAUGUACAACUACCUAUAUAUUACAAUGUGUCCACAUACAACUCACAACCUGGCUGUUUUCAUGAAGCUAUUUCAUGUAGUACAUACCGCUAGGAAUAAUGUAUAACUACCUAUAUAUUACAAUGUGUCCAUGUACAACUCACAACCUGGCUGUUUUCAUGACGCUAUUUCAUGUAAUACAUACCGCUAGGAAUAAUGUAUAACUACCUAUAUAUUACAAUGUGUACACAUACAACUCACAACCUGGCUGUUUUCAUGACGCUAUUUCAUGUAGUACAUACCGCUAGGAAUAAUGUAUAACUACCUAUAUAUUACAAUGUGUACACGUACAACUCACAACCUGGCUGUUUUCAUACAUACCGCUAGGAAUAAUGUAUAACUACCUAUAUAUUACAAUGUGUCCACGUACAACUCACAACCUGGCUGUUUUCAUGACGCUAUUUCAUGUAGUACAUACCGCUAGGAAUAAUGUAUAACUACCUAUAUAUUACAAUGUGUACACAUACAACUCACAACCUGGCUGUUUUUAUGACGCUAUUUCAUGUAGUAGGCCUACAUACCGCUAGGAAUAAUGUACAACUACCUAUAUAUUACAAUGUGUACACAUACAACUCACAACCUGGCUGUUUUCAUGACGCUAUCUCAUGUAGUACAUACCGCUAGGAAUAAUGUACAACUACCUAUAUAUUACAAUGUGUCCACGUACAACUCACAACCUGGCUGUUUUCAUGACGCUAUUUCAUGUAGUACAUACCGCUAGGAAUAAUGUAUAACUACCUAUAUAUUACAAUGUGUACACAUACAACUCACAACCUGGCUGUUUUCAUGACGCUAUUUCAUGUAGUACAUACUGCUAGGAAUAAUGUAUAACUACCUAUAUAUUACAAUGUGUACACAUACAACUCACAACCUGGCUGUUUUCAUAACGCUAUUUCAUGUAGUACAUACCGCUAGGAAUACUGUAUAACUACCUAUAUAUUACAAAGUGUACACAUACAACUCACAACCUGGCUGUUUUCAUGACGCUAUCUCAUGUAGUACAUACCGCUAGGAAUAAUGUAUAACUACCUAUAUAUUACAAUGUGUCCAUGUACAACUCACAACCUGGCUGUUUUUAUGACGCUGUUUCAUGUAGUAGGCCUACAUACCGCUAGGAAUAAUGUAUAACUACCUAUAUAUUACAAAGUGUACACGUACAACUCACAACCUGGCUGUUUUCAUGACGCUAUCUCAUGUAGUACAUACCGCUAGGAAUAAUGUAUAACUACCUAUAUAUUACAAUGUGUCCACAUACAACUCACAACCUGGCUGUUUUCAUGAAGCUAUUUCAGGUAGCAGGCCUACAUACCACUAGGAAUAAUGUAUUUGUGUAAUUGUUGUCAUGGUAAUUCCACACUAAACCUGCAUAGAUAUUCAGUAUUGAUUUUUGAUCCGUCCAUUGUACAUUUUUAGAUAAAUGAUAUUUGUUUAUUUAUUCAUAUGUUAAUUAUGUUGCAGUAAAUAAGUUGGUGGAAUAAAUGAUUUUAUAUGUAA